AUGGUAAGCAAAUUCUGGUGGGGGCAGAAAAAUGAUGAGCGUAAACUAGCUUGGAUGAGAUGGGAAAAGUUGUGUACUCCAAAAGCUUGUGGUGGUAUUGGUUUCAGGGACCUAAGAUCUUUCAAUCUUGCCCUUCUAGCUAAGCAAGGGUGGUGGUUGCAACAACAAUCAUACUCACUUUUCUAUCAGGUUUUCAAAAGUAAGUACUUCCCUGACACUUCCUUUGUACAAGCUCAACAAGGUAGGAAUCCGUCCUAUGUUUGGCGGAGCAUUCUAGCAGCACAACCAAUAAUUAAGCAUGGGAUACGUUGGCAAGUUGGAAAUGGGGAGAAUAUAUGUAUUUGGAAAGAUAAAUGGUUCCCAAAUCCAUCCACCUAUCAAGUUAUCUCUCCUAGAACCUUGUUACCUGAGAAUGCAACAGUAAAUGUUCUGAUUGAUGUAGACCAUGGCACUUGGAGAUCUGAUCUAGUAAGGGAGUUGUUCCUAAACUUUGAAGCGGAUAUUAUCCUUAGUAUUCCUCUGAGCACUCGUAUGCCUAGGGAUAAAGUGGUCUGGGUAGCAACACCAAAUGGUAAGUUCAUGGUGAAAAGUGCUUAUUGGUUGGUUUUGGAUAUGAAAAGUGCAGAAAAUGAAAGUACCUCAGGCCCUAGUGGACAAUAG